AUGAGAUUUUUAAGAUCAUUGAUUACAAGAAGAUUAUUCAGAAUGUCAUCUACAUCUCCAUCACCAGCUCCAUCAAGUGUUAAAAAACCAACUGUUAAACAACCAGAAUGGUUUGAACCAGAAAAUAAAGAUAAUCAAAAACCAACACUUAAAUUAUAUAAUUCCUUAACUCGUUCCAAGAAUGAAUUUCAUCCAAUUAAACCAGGUCAAAUCACUUGGUAUUCUUGUGGUCCAACCGUUUAUGAUCAUUCUCAUAUGGGACAUGCUAGAAAUUAUGUAUCUACUGAUAUAAGUAGAAGAAUUUUACAAGAUUAUUUUGGAUAUCAUAUUAAUUUCAUUCAAAAUGUUACUGAUAUUGAUGAUAAAAUUAUUAUUGCUGCACGUCAACAAUAUUUAUUUGAAGAAAAAUUGACUAAUCAAUAUAAAGAUAUCAAUGAUGAUUUAAAAUUAAAAUCAAAAGAAUAUUUGAAAUUUUAUGUUGAAAAAAAUUUACCUGAAUUUAAUGGUGAUUUAGAAAAAGAUUUCAUUAAUUGGACUAAUAAUGGUAUUCCAAAUAUGGCUGAACUUGUUAAAGAAAAACCAAAAUUACCAAUGUUUAUUAAAGCUGCUAAAUUAGCCCAUGAAACUAUUUACAAUUCUAAUAAAAUUAAUUCAAUUGAUGAAUAUUUAACUAAAAUUAAAGAUGUUGCUAUGCCACAUUUAGAUAAAGAAUUUGGAGCUACUGUCACUGAUCCACAAAUUUUUAAGAAAUUACCAUCAUAUUGGGAAAAAAGAUAUAAUGAAGAUAUGGCAAGAUUAAAUGUUUUACCACCUUCAAUUACUACUAGAGUUUCUGAAUAUGUUCCAGAUAUUAUUGAAUUUGUUGAUAAAAUCAUUGAAAAUGGUUAUGCUUAUGCCACUGAAGAUGGAUCUGUUUAUUUUGAUACUGUUAAAUAUGAACAUUCUAAACAUGAAUAUGCUAAAUUACAACCAUGGAGUAAAGGUGAUUUAAGUUUAAUUAAUGAUGGUGAAGGUUCAUUAAGUACUGGUAAUACUAAACGUAGUUCUGCUGAUUUUGCAUUAUGGAAAGCUUCAAAACCAGGUGAACCAUCAUGGGAUUCUAAAUGGGGUAAAGGUAGACCAGGUUGGCAUAUUGAAUGUUCAGUAAUGGCCUCUGAUAUUGGUGGAGAAACUUUAGAUAUUCAUUCUGGUGGUAUUGAUUUAUGUUUCCCUCAUCAUGACAAUGAAUUGGCUCAAUCUGAAGCAUAUUUUGAUAAUAAACAAUGGAUUAAUUAUUUUAUGCAUAAUGGUCAUUUACAUAUCCAAGGUCAAAAAAUGUCUAAAUCUUUGAAAAAUUUCAUCACUAUUGAUGAAGCUUUGAAAGAUUUCUCUGCUAGACAAUUAAGAUUAGUAUUUGCAUUAAAUCCAUGGGAAAAACCUUUAGAUUUUAAAGAUUCUUUAAUUCAUGAAGUCAAAUCUAUUGAAGCUACAUUUUCUAAAUUUUUCACCAAUAUUCGUGCAUUGAAUUCCGAUUAUAAACAUAAAGUUGAUAAUGGAGAAUAUGUUAGUAGAAAAAUUGGUGAUGUUGAAAAACAAUUAUAUAAAGAUUUAGCUAAUGCUAGUGAAGAAGUUGAUAUUGCAUUUAAUGAUAAUUUAUCUAGUGGACAAGCAAUUAGAGUUUUACAAGAUUUAGUAUCAAAAGCAAAUACUUAUAUUCAAUUGACUUCAUCAGGUAAUCCAGAAUUAAGAAUUGAAGUAUUAAUUCUGAUUACUCAUUGGAUUGUUAAAAUUUUGGAUAUUUUAGGAUUUGAAAUUAGAUCAGAUAAAUUAGGAUGGAUUGAUGAUGCUGAACAAUCAACUAAUGGAUCAGGAGCAAGUACUGAAGAUAUUGCUUUACCUUAUGUUAAAGCAUUGGCACAAUUUAGAGAUUCAGUACGUAAUUUAGCUAUUAAUAAAGCAGAAUUAACUGAAUUUUUAAAAGCUUCUGAUGCAAUUAGAUCACAAUUGGUUAAUUUGGGAGUUUCAUUAGAUGAUAGACCAGAUGGUACUUCCUUAGUUAAAUUUUUAAAUGCUCAAGAGAAGCAAAAUUUAAUUGAUCAACAAGAAGCUAAAAUUAAAUUAGCUGCUGAAAAGGAAAAGAAGAAAAAGGAACAAGCUGCUAUUAAUGCUAAAAAACAAGCUGAAAAAGAAGCUAAAAUGAAGAUUAAUCCUGCUGAUAUGUUUAAAGAUAAGGCAUUAUAUUCAGAAUGGGAUGAACAAGGAUUACCUACUAAAGAUGUCAAAGGUGAAGAAGUUAGUAAAAGUAUGAGAAAGAAAUUGACUAAACAAUAUCAACAACAAGAGAAAUUAUACAAUGAAUAUUUGAAAUCUCUUGAAAAGUAA